AACAUAUAAUGCCUCACCUAUAUCCUCGAAAUCAAAUACUUCAAUUAUUAACUUCACAUAUACCUUCCUCCGAUAUCUCUUCCAAACUGUUUUUUUUUUUCUUCUUCUGUUUGUUUCCCGGGAAAAUUGUAAUUCUCUAUAGUUGAAAAACAUGGCAUUGACAGAAAAUCAAAUCGCAGGGUUUCGGGAAGCAUUUUCUUUGCUGGACAAGGAUUCCGAUGGGUUAGUGACAAUGGAAGAGCUGGCUGGAAUUAUAGAAUCAUUAGAUGAACAACCCACAAAAGAAGAAAUUCGGGAUAUGAUGAAUGAGGUCAACUGUGAUGAGAAUGGUGCUAUAGAUCUCGAUGAAUUCUUGAAUAUUAUGACAAGAAAGACGAAGGAAAGUGUUGCGGACGAGCUUAAAGAAGCCUUCAAAGUAUUUGACAGGAAUCAAGAUGGAUAUAUUUCUGCCAACGAGUUGAGACAAGUAAUGAUCAACUUGGGAGAAAGAUUGACAGAUGAAGAAGCUGAACAAAUGAUUAGAGAGGCUGAUAUUGAUGGAGAUGGUCAAGUCAAUUAUGAUGAAUUUGAAAGAAUUAUGAUGCUUAAUUGAUAAAGUGCAAAUAAUAACUAAUAUAUAUUACAAUUAGCGCUCAUAAUUUACAUUUUUCACUUAAUCAGAUUUGUACACCAACUUAUAUAGUUUCACAGCUUUGUAUGUGCUCAUGUUAUAAAUAAUUUGUAUGAAAUAAAUAUAGAGCAAAAUUAUAACUUUUUUUUUCAU